AUGCCCCCCAAGAAACGUGUGGGCCCCUCCGCCAAGGCACAGAAUUCUCGUAAGAAAUCCAAAGGCAGCGACGGUAAGCCAAUCAGGCCACCUCCAUCGCCGUCUUUAUCGCGGCCUUCAUCGCUGUCACCACCGCCCUCAACGAUUGAUGAGACCCUUUCUGGGCCCUGCACCGUCUCCCAACUCUGUGAGAUUGCGAGGAUGAAGAGUUGCCGGCAAGCUCAGGACGCUCUGCUGAAACAAUACCGGCUACAAACGAGGGAACUCUCUGAGGCUGGCCUCACAAAGCGGGCCGGACACGACCCAAUCCGGCAGUUGACCAUCCCGUGCACAAUUGUGGACAGACACGAAACGCCGUUGCUUGUCUUCAUUCCCAACCUUUUCGAAGGGGCUAUGUUGGAACAUAUCAACAAGGACUCGACGGAGGCCUCGCUUCACGCGGAUCAGACAGAGGCGCUCACUGUCGAGAAGCUUGUAGAGACUCUUGAAGGCGACUGGGUGCCCGAGCAGCUCAGCACCUUCAAUUUUCGUCCCAAUUCCGCGAUCGUUGGUCAGGCAUUGAAUGCCGCACUGCUCAAGAUCGACGAACUGCAUGCACUGGACGUCAUGGAUAUCGCGCAGAGAAUACUGGAAGAUCACCCAGCUACGAAGGAGCUCUUCCUGCACGACAGGACCUGGCUCAACUCGUGCAUCUACUACUUCAGAUCGGGGAGCAUGAAUGCACUUCUCUCGCCUCCUGCACCACUCAAGGCGUGGAGAUUCCUGGUGGUGUCCGGGGAGUUUAGCGGAGGCGAGCUCUAUUGUCCCCAGCUCAUGGUCAAGUUGAGUCUGCAGCCUGGGCAUGUUGUUGCGUUUCGAGGGGAUGUCGAGUGGAAAGUGAGCUCUUCCGAAGGCUUCCGUGCUAUGGCUAUGUACUAUACUUCGGCGGCAGUUUGGGAUAGAUAUGAUGUGGUCUGCUCGUGA